UGUCUCAGGAACUCUGACAGCACCGGGCGCGGAGACGGUGUCUAAUUUUAAACUCCUGCCUGGUGCAUUUGUGUAUGUGUGAGCUCGAUUUUCAGCCCCCUGCCUCCCCCUCCGCAGCAAGGAGACUGGCUCUGCAGCAGAAGAGAACCAGAAGGGGUUUUGGUCUGGGGCCGGGGGUCUCAGCCGGGGGAGAAGUGAGGGAGGGGCCGGGGGACAGCAGCUGGCAGAGGCAGCUAGGGAAGGAAGAUCAUGGAGUCUGCUUCUGCCCAGGAUGAUCAGAAGAAAAAGCAACAGAAAGAGAAGUCCAAGAAACCGGUGCCAGCCAGGGCUCUGUUCUGCUUAACCCUUCAGAAUCCCUUGCGGAAAGCGUGCAUCAGCAUCGUGGAAUGGAAGCCCUUCGAGAUCAUCAUCCUGCUGACCAUCUUCGCCAACUGCGUGGCCCUGGCCGUCUACCUGCCCAUGCCGGAGGACGAUACCAACGCGACCAACUCCAGCCUGGAGAAGAUAGAAUACAUCUUCCUGAUCAUCUUCACCAUCGAAGCCAUGCUGAAGAUCAUUGCCUAUGGGUUUCUCCUCCACACGGACGCCUACCUCCGCAACGGCUGGAACGUGCUGGACUUCGCCAUCGUCUCCUUGGGGCUGGUCACCGUGAUGGUGGAGCAGAUCAACGUGAUGCAGGGGGCGCCGCAGGCGGGGAAGGGCGGCUUUGACGUCAAAGCCCUGCGAGCUUUCCGCGUGCUGAGACCCCUGCGCCUGGUGUCCGGAGUGCCAAGCCUGCAGGUGGUGCUCAACUCCAUCAUCAAGGCCAUGGUGCCCCUGCUGCACAUCGCCCUGCUGGUCCUCUUCAUGAUCAUCAUCUACGCCAUAGUCGGGCAGGAGCUGUUCAAGGGCAAGAUGCACAAGACCUGCUACUACGUCGGGACAGACAUCAUUGCCACGGUGGAAUGGGAGAAGCCGUCGCCAUGCGCCAGCUCCGGCCAUGGGCAUCACUGCACCAUCAACGGCACCGAGUGCAGGGGCGGGUGGCCGGGGCCCAACAACGGCAUCACCCACUUUGACAACUUUGGCUUUGCCAUGCUGACCGUGUACCAGUGCAUCACCAUGGAGGGGUGGACGGAGGUCCUCUACUGGGUGAACGACGCCAUCGGGAACGAGUGGCCCUGGAUUUAUUUCGUCAGCCUCAUCCUGCUGGGAUCUUUCUUCGUGCUCAACUUGGUGCUGGGCGUGCUCAGUGGGGAAUUCACCAAGGAGCGCGAGAAGGCCAAGUCGCGGGGCACAUUCCAGAAGCUGCGGGAGAAGCAGCAGCUGGAGGAGGAUCUGAAGGGCUACAUGGACUGGAUCAUUCACGCCGAAGUCAUGGACAGCCACCGGGCCAGAGAAGGGAUGCUGCCAUCAGAGGAAGGGGGCUCCGAGACAGAGAGCCUGUAUGAAAUCGAGGGCAUGAACAAAUGGAUCCUCUUCUUCCGGCAUUGGAGGCGAUGGAACCGCCUGUACCGCAGGAAGUGCCGCGAGGUGGUGAAGUCCAAGUUUUUCUAUUGGCUGGUGAUCCUGCUCAUCAUGCUGAACACCCUGGCCAUAGCGUCCGAGCACCACCAGCAGCUGGAGUGGAUGACCUAUGCGCAAGACAGCGCCAACCGGGUGCUGCUGGCGCUCUUUGCGGCCGAGAUGCUGCUGAAGAUGUACGCGCUGGGCCUGCACCAGUACUUCAUGUCCCUCUUCAACCGCUUCGACUGCCUGGUGGUGUGCAUCGGCCUGCUGGAGAUCGUCCUGGUGCAGCUCGGCGUCAUGUCGCCCCUGGGCAUCUCCGUCCUGCGCUGCAUCCGCCUGCUGAGGAUCUUCAAAAUCACCAGGCACUGGGCCUCGCUGAGUAACCUGGUGGCCUCGCUGCUGAACUCCAUGAAAUCCAUCGCGUCCCUGCUGCUCCUGCUCUUCCUCUUCAUCAUCAUCUUCUCCCUGCUGGGCAUGCAGCUCUUCGGGGGCAAGUACGACUUUGAAGACAUGGAGGUGCGGCGCAGCACCUUCGAUAACUUCCCCCAGGCGCUCAUCAGCGUCUUCCAGAUCCUGACAGGAGAAGACUGGAAUUCAAUCAUGUACAACGGGAUCAUGGCUUAUGGAGGGCCCUCCUUCCCCGGCAUGCUGGUCUGCAUUUACUUCAUCAUUCUCUUUGUCUGCGGGAACUAUAUCCUGCUCAAUGUCUUCCUGGCCAUCGCUGUGGACAAUCUGGCUGAGGCCGAGAGCCUGACCUCCGCCCAGAAAGCCAAGGCGGAAGAGAAGAAGCGGAGGAAAAUGUCCCGGGGUUACCCAGAGAAAUCGGAGGAGGAAAAGCUCCUGUUGGCCAAGAAGCUGGAGCAGAAAGCCAAGGCCGAGGGAAUCCCCACCACAGCCCAGGUCAGUGUCGAUACCCCCACAUGGGCUGGCGAGGCCACCGUCCUGCCUGGAGACCCGCCCCGUCUCCUGCCGCCCGACCCUGGCUCCCCUCCCCCCCCCCCCGUGUCACCCCCCCCAGGGGCAGCGUCUCAGCCGCCUCCCCUCUCCCUCCCCAGGAUCCGGGUGCUGUGCCACAGGAUCGUCAACGCCACCUGGUUCACCAACUUCAUCCUGCUCUUCUUCCUGCUCAGCAGCAUCUCCCUGGCCGCGGAGGAUCCCAUCCAGCCCGAUUCCUUCAGGAACCAGGUCCUGGGAUAUUUCGACAUCGGCUUCACCUCUGUGUUCACCGUUGAAAUAGUCCUGAAGGUGACUGCCGAUGGGGCCGCGUUGGGGCGGGCCUCUUCCUGCCGGAAUUACUUCAACAUCCUGGACCUGGUGGUGGUGGCUGUCUCCCUCAUCUCCAUGGGAAUUGAGUCCAGUGCCAUCUCUGUGGUGAAGAUCCUGAGGGUGCUGCGAGUCCUGCGGCCGCUGCGGGCCAUCAACAGAGCCAAGGGGCUGAAGCACGUGGUCCAGUGCGUCUUCGUGGCCAUCAAGACCAUCGGCAACAUCGUGAUCGUCACCACCUUGCUGCAGUUCAUGUUCGCCUGCAUCGGGGUGCAGCUGUUCAAGGGCAAGUUUUACAGCUGUACGGAUCUGGACAAGAUGACGGAGAAGGAGUGCAGAGGCAACUUCAUUCUCUACGUGGACGGCAGCCCCACGCAGCUGGAGCUGCACUCGCGCGAGUGGGUGCACAACGCCUUCCACUUCGACAACGUCCUCUCGGCCAUGAUGUCGCUCUUCACCGUCUCCACCUUCGAGGGCUGGCCGCAGCUGCUGUACAAGGCCAUCGACACCCACACGGAGGACAUGGGCCCCAUCUACAACUACCGGGUGGAGAUCGCCAUCUUCUUCAUCAUCUACAUCAUCCUCAUCGCCUUCUUCAUGAUGAACAUCUUCGUGGGCUUCGUCAUCGUCACUUUCCAGGAGCAGGGCGAGAGCGAGUACAAGAACUGUGAGCUGGACAAGAACCAGCGCCAGUGUGUCCAGUACGCGCUGAAAGCCCGCCCGCUGAGACGCUACAUCCCCAAGAACCCCUACCAGUACAAGAUCUGGUACGUGGUGACCUCCUCCUACUUCGAGUACCUCAUGUUCUUCCUGAUCAUGCUGAACACCGUCUGCCUGGGCAUGCAGCACUACAACCAGUCAACCGAGAUGAACUAUCUCUCGGACAACCUGAAUGUGGCCUUCACCAUCCUCUUCACCGUGGAGAUGUUCCUCAAGCUCAUGGCCUUUAAAGCCAAGGGCUAUUUCGGCGACCCCUGGAACGUCUUCGAUUUCCUCAUCGUCAUCGGCAGCAUCAUCGACGUCAUCCUGAGCGAGAUCGAUACGUUUCUUGCUUCCAGUGGCGGACUGUACUGCCUGAGCGGAGGCUGUAGUGGCAUUGAUUCCGCGGACAAUUCCCGCGUCUCCAUCACCUUCUUCCGACUUUUCCGGGUGAUGAGGUUGGUGAAGCUGCUGAGCCGGGGGGAAGGAGUCAGGACCCUGCUCUGGACCUUCAUCAAGUCCUUUCAGGCCCUGCCCUACGUGGCGUUGCUCAUCGUGAUGCUCUUCUUCAUCUACGCUGUGAUCGGGAUGCAGAUGUUUGGGAAAAUCGCCAUGGUGGAUGGAACCCAAAUCAACCGGAACAACAACUUCCAGACCUUCCCACAAGCCGUGCUGCUGCUCUUCAGGUGUGCGACGGGCGAGGCCUGGCAGGAGAUCCUGCUGGCCUGCAGCUAUGGGAAGCAGUGUGACGCCAAGUCCGACUUCGCCCCCGGGGAGGAGUACACCUGCGGCACCGGCUUCGCCUACUUCUACUUCAUCAGCUUCUACAUGCUCUGCGCCUUCCUGAUUAUCAACCUCUUUGUCGCCGUCAUCAUGGACAACUUCGACUACCUCACACGGGACUGGUCCAUCUUGGGUCCGCACCACCUGGACGAAUUCAAAAGAAUCUGGGCAGAAUACGACCCAGAAGCCAAGGGGAGAAUCAAACACCUGGAUGUGGUUACCCUGCUGAGACCCAUCCAGCCUCCCCUGGGCUUCGGGNNNNCAUGCCUGGGGUCUGUCGUGCAGCGCCUGGUGGGCAUGAACAUGCCCCUGAACAGCGACGGCACCGUCACCUUCAACGCCACCCUCUUCGCGCUGGUGAGGACAGCCCUCAAGAUCAAGACGGAAGGUAACUUUGAGCAGGCCAACGAAGAGCUGAGAGCCAUUAUCAAGAAGAUCUGGAAGAGAACCAGCAUGAAACUCCUGGACCAGGUCAUUCCGCCGAUCGGAGAGGAUGAGGUGACCGUGGGCAAGUUCUACGCGACCUUCCUCAUCCAGGAGCACUUCAGGAAGUUCAUCAAGCGCCAGGAGGAGUAUUACGGCUAUCGGCCCAAAAAGAACGCCGUCGCUAUCCAGGCUGGCCUGAGAAGCAUUGAGGAGGAAGCCGCGCCGGAGGUCCGCCGAGCCAUCUCUGGGGACCUGACGGCUGAGGAGGAGCUGGAGAGAGCCAUGGUGGAGGCAGCCAUAGAGGAAGGGAUAUACAGGAGGACCGGUGGCUUGUUUGGCCAGAUUGACUCCUUCCUGGAGCGGAGCAGCCCCCUACAGCCCCACGUGACCAGCCAGAGGCCCCUCCAGUUCACCGAGAUGGGGAGUGAAGACUUGGACUCCCCCGUCUUCCUCGAUGACUUCCCCCCUGGCGGGAACACCAACACCAACAACAGCAAUGCAGCCGCCGCAGGGUAAUGCUCCGCAGUCGGAGACAGCCCCCCGGGAGGUGCUGUGUGUACGAACGGGGCGGCCUCGUACGAGAGGAACCCCUUCGUCCCCUCGGCCGCCGUGGCGUGGAGAGCAGGGAGACGCUCAGGGCCUGUGGGCGCGUAUGCAUGGGGGCAGCUGCAGGGGCGUGACUGGGCGUGGGUGUGCACGUCUGGGCUUGUGUGUUAACUAAGGGGGGGCCUUUGAAACCAGCGAUCCCCGUACAGCCGGCGCAGAUCCUGUUUCUACCAGCAGGGGUCGGACUCAUCCCGGCAGCCGGCCCGUUGCCUCUGCCCGUCUGUGUUCGAUUUACCCCAAAGGAAGAGCUGGCCACAGAUUAGUUAGUGUCUAGAACAGAUUUCGAGCAGCAGUGAGCAUCCGAAUGGGGGGAUACAAGGGCCCGCCACCGCUCCGCUCCUCAGCCCCCCGCAGCUCGGCCGCCGGGUCCACUUCCCGCCAUCUCUCGCCACGGGAAAGCCUUGUCCGGCCUAUUUUAGUCCCUCCGCUACUUUCCCGCCCUACAUUUUAUGUCACUGCGAUUUCAUUUGGCAAGUUUCAUUGGGAGGUUUCCCCUCCUUCUCCUGGACCUUCCUUUGUGCCAAUCAGUCCCCAAGGGGUAGCCCUGCCGGGCUCUGUCCCCCGCGGUGACGCACGCCAGAGGUGCCGGCAGUGUUUGGGGAAGUCCCCCGUCCCCUCGGAGCGUGCACUGCAUCUGGGGAUUAGGGGCAGGGCCCAAAGCAACAGAGAGACUAGCACUCCUCCCCUCCCAGGCAUUGGCCUCAGUAUCGCAGGCCCGGUCAGUCAGAGACGAAGCCCUAGAAGGGGAGAGAGCCCACUUCUCAGGCAGAGAAUGGGGACAAAGGGCAGGUCACCCCAUCGACCCGCUCACAGGAGCCAUCAUGUCCCCUAAAGGGCACCAUAGACUGAGACCGGCACUUGUGCCAUGUAAGACGCCUGGGAUGGAUGACACGCCAUGACACGCAUGGGGCCACCUCGCAGCCAGUGGCACUGGCGUCUGACCCCUGCUCUGAAGUGAGACAGGACCCUGCCUCCGCCUCCCUCCUCCGCGCUGCCGUUCAGCUCCGGGACCGGCUGAAGGGUUCACCAUAGGCUGUCGGUGCCCUGCGGCUCCUUCCAGGCUUUGUUUGUCUGACGAGCUCGUCAUUUCGAAUGAGCCUCGCUCCGCUGCUAUGGAAACCCG